AUGAUACCAAUGAGGAUCCUCUCUGUGUUGCUGUGCCUGCACAUGGCCUGGGCGCAGGCCGGCGAGAGCGCCUUCGAGAAGGAGGGCGGCGGGGUGCGCGGCCCCCGCAUCGUGGAGCACGCGUCGCCCGCGGGCUGCCGCAGCGACAAGAGCUGGCCCAUCUGCGCCGACGACGACUGGGGUUCAAAAUGCCCGUCAGGCUGCAGAAUGCAAGGACUGAUUGAUGAGACUGAUCAGGAUUAUAAUCACAGAAUAGACAAAAUUAAGAAGCUGCUGGCAGAUAGCCAAAACAACUACAAAAAAUCUAAUCAGAUAAUUGUGCAAACCGUAAAUGUACUGAAGCCAGACCUGGACAGUGCCCAGCAGCUUGAUGAGACUUAUGGUCAGGUGUCAGCAGAACUGAGAAGGAGAAUUGUGACAUUAAAGCAGAGGGUUGUCACCCAAGUAAACAGAAUUAAAGCUCUGCAAAACAGCAUCCACAAUCAGGUGACAGAGAUAAAGCGCUUGGAGGUGGACAUUGAUAUUAAGAUACGAGCUUGCAAAGGAUCCUGUGCUAAAAGUUUUGAUUACCAUGUGGACAAAGAAAGCUAUGACAGCAUCCAGAAGCAGCUUACCCAGGCCAACUCUGUCGACUUGCACCCAGAGAUUGAAACAACUAACUUGAGCAUACUGAAAAUUAGGCCAAUAAAGGACUCAAAUGUUCCUGAGCAUUUUAAGCAUAAGCAUCUACCAGAAAUGCAAGCUCUGAACAUUUUUAAUAACCUCAGGCAGAUGGAAGUGGUGUUAGAAAGAGCAGAAACAGACACAAGCGCCUCCAGAGGCGACAGCUCACAUCGUGCAACAGUAUCAAGGGGAGAUGGACCUUCACGCCCUAGCAUAGUCAUUCCUUCUGUGCAUGGGAGAGACAGCCCUAGUCUGGGACACAGAACCUCCACUGUCCGUAGAUGCACCACUACUGUCACCAAGAAAAUUGUUAGUGGCCCUGAUGGUCCUAGAGAAGAAGUAGUCGAAAAAGUGGUUUCCUCUGAUGGCUCAGAUUGUUCCCAUUUACAAGGAGUAGGAGAUGUUGGAGGGGAAGGAAGUAGGUACAGUGGGAGAGAAGGCUUCCACAGCAUAGAAGGGUUGUUACCUGAGAUAGAGUCAUUUCUUACCCCUGGGUCUGCAACCACUAUUACUAGGUUUUCUGGUGCAUCUGGCAGCACUUCAACUGGCAGCCAAGGAACUGGCACAGUUGGUGGUCGCUUAGGUAGUGGAGCAACUAGUCAUUCAGGGACUUUUGGGGGAAAAGGUGGAUCUACAGACUUAGGAGAAGGGGAAGAAGAUGAUUUUGGAAGACUUCACCUUCAACCAUCUGGAUUCCCAUCAGGCAGUGUGAGUCACUCCAAAAUAGUGACCAGCUCCUCUUCUAGUUUCAACAAGGGAGGCUCCACUUUCGAAACCAAAUCACUAAAGACCCGUGAAAUAACUAAGGAGCUAGGUGGGGUGCAGCAUGAUCAGAGUGCAGAGGAUAACCCAGACUUUCAGGCACGCAGCUUCAGAAGGAAAGGAGCGAAUCACAGGACAGACUACAUUGGGAAAGACUGUGAUGAUAUCCGCCAGAAACACACUUUUGGUGCCAAAAGUGGCAUUUUCAAAAUCAAGCCAGCGGGAUCCAAUAAGGUUUUGUCAGUUUAUUGCGACCAAGAGACCACUUUGGGAGGAUGGCUAUUGAUCCAACAGAGAAUGGAUGGAUCAGAGAAUUUUAACCGGACCUGGCAAGACUACAAGAGAGGGUUCGGCAGCGUGGAUGACAAAGGUCAAGGAGAGUACUGGCUGGGCAAUGAAAACUUACACUUGCUAACUCAGAACGACACUGUCCUUCGAGUGGAAUUGAAGGACUGGGAUGGAAAUGCUGUGUAUGCAGAGUAUAUUAUACAGGUAGGGUCAGAGUCGGAAGGAUAUGCGCUUGCUGUGUCCUCCUACGAGGGGACUGCCGGGGAUGCACUUAUCACCGGCUGGCUGGAGGAGGGCACUGAAUACACGUCCCAUGCCCAGAUGCGGUUUAGCACUUUUGACAGGGACCAGGACCGCUGGGAGGAGAGCUGCGCAGAGGUGUACGGGGGUGGCUGGUGGUAUAACAGCUGCCAGGCGGCCAACCUCAAUGGCAUUUACUACCUGGGGGGCCACUACGACCCCAGGUUCAAUGUUCCUUAUGAGAUCGAAAAUGGGGUGGUUUGGAUACCAUUUAAAGCCUCUGAUUAUUCCUUAAAAGUUGCUAGGAUGAAAAUCAGGCCCAUAGAAACCCCGUAGAAAGACAGGCUUUUAAUAUAUAUGUUAAGACCAUGUGAUUAGAAGCUUUAUAUAUAUAUAUAUAUAAAAUAUAUACA